UACUUUUGGCUACGAUCAUUUGUCUACGGGACGGCGCCGCGAUAAGUUCGUUAGACGCGGAAACCGCAAGAGGACCGAACACCACCACGAACCCCAAAGGGCUGGAGUUAAGGUGCCUUAAAAAGAAAGCAAUCUCCGCCACCAAGUCCGAUUUUACCAAGUACUCCCCGGCUGCAAUUAAGCCCGUUGAGUGGUAGUGCUUUGUGUGCGUUAAGUUGUGAAGAAAGUGAAGUUACGAAACGCGGUUUCCGCCGGCAAAGCCAUCAAAAACCCAAAAAAAAAAAUAAAAACGAGAAAAGUAAAUAACCAAAAGCGAAAGAUCUUUUCAAGCAAAAUGGGUCAUCUUUCCACUUCGGAACGCGUGUGCAGCAAGACGCCGACUCCAGGCGACGCUAGUCCUCCGCCGCUUUUGGCCAGAAGGGCCAAACUGGCCAACGGUGAUGCCCAGCAGCAAGUUCGGCGGGGCGAGGACUCCUCCCCGGAGCUUCCGCCGCGCGGCAAGCUCUCCCUUCCUCAGAAGGACGAAACUCCCAAAAAGGUCGUCCCCCAGUCGAUCGUUAAUCACGUGCCCAAGGACCAAAUCAACCUCGAGGAGUACAAGCGCACCUUUGUGGGUGACAAUGUGCUCGGCUGGCAGUUCAAUGCCCCCCUAAAGUGGGACAAAGUCAUCCAGAUCUCGCUCCUCCACCUGGUGGCUGUCGGCGUCCUGUUAACCUAUCCGCUCCACAGGCUCAACUGGUACAGUGUUGUCUGGGCGUUCUUUGUUGGUGGCGUGGCCGGCUUCGGAGUUACCGCCGGAGCCCACAGAUUUUGGACCCAUCGCAGCUACAAGGCCAAUGGGAUACUUCGAAGCCUCCUGAUGAUCAGCUACUGUGUCGCCGGACAGAAUACCCUUUACGACUGGGUUCGUGACCAUCGGGUCCACCACAAAUACUCAGAGACGGAUGCCGAUCCGCAUAAUGCCAACCGCGGAUUCUUUUUCUCCCACGUGGGCUGGCUGAUGAUGCUCAAGCACCCGGAAGUUCUCCGCCGCGGUCGUCAGAUCGACAUGUCUGAUAUUCUGGAGGAUCCCGUCGUCCAAUUCCACCAGAAGUACUUCUAUGCCCUCAAGCUUGUAUUCUGCUUCAUCCUUCCGACGGUUAUUCCUGUCUACUGCUUUGGCGAGGCCUGGUCCCUGGCCUUUGCCCAGCAGUGCCUCUUCCGUUACGUUAGCAGCCUGAACUUCACCUGGUCCGUGAACAGUGCCGCCCAUCUCUGGGGAUCCCGUCCUUACGAUAAGCGUAUCAUGCCCAGCGAAAACAUCUUUGUAUCUGUGAUCUCCAUGGGUGAGGGCUGGCACAACUACCACCAUGUCUUCCCCUGGGACUACAAAGCAGCUGAGCUCGGCAACUACAAAGUCAACUUUACCACCAUGGUGCUGGACGGUUUCCACAAGCUGGGAUGGGCCUGGAACAUGAAGCAGCCCUCCAAGGAUCUGGUGCGUCGCAUUCUGGAGAAGUAUGGAGAUGGUAGCCAUGCUUCACUUGGCUUGGACUCUGAAAAGGAUUAUGCUGCGGUUGGAGCUAGCCAGAUGGUGGGAAAUGUUCACUAUGCCGAGGUGCCCGAUCCGGAGCUGGAGUACGAUGCGGAGUCGAGCAGCACAGAGAGCGCCAAGCUGGAUGAGAACGAGAACGAGGGCGAGCGGAUGAAGAAAACCAAGAAGAUGAUCUGCACCUAAGGAUCAGAGAUCACAGAUCAAGGAUCGGAGUUAGAGGGAGAGAUAUGGGCUCGCGGAUCACAGAUGGGAAGGAUCAUCACUUAAACUUGCAUCUAUGUGUCUGUAUCUAUUCAGAGAGCGAGGGCGGGACAUAGUCGAUAAUCGUUUUUAAAUUAAACCCUAUUCUAUCAUUAUCUGUACAAGACACUUGCACCGCAAAGGUUAACACUCACACACAGAUACACUCACAUACACACACAAAAAAACA